AAGAAACUAUAAGUCAAAGAACAAGAGUUUCUAGAAUCAAACUGAGAAAGAAAUUAACGGCCUAGACAUGGAAAUAAAUGCUUACUUUGAGAUGAAGUCAAACUUAUUUUGCAAGGAGUCAUAUAACCGUAUAUAUUUGGUCUUUCUCGAUAUCGACGUUUCUCCUUACGGCACACGCAUUUUCAUACUCAUCAUGUUACAUCAUCGGUUAAUAUCUUAGAAGCUUCGUCAAACUGCAGUUUCUAUAAUUGAGCACUGAGUGUUUUUAACAGAGUCAGUAACCAAGAAAUGUUUUAUCUAAACCGAAAACUACGUGGUGGGUGAGAGUUGCAUGGUUGAAAGAAAAAAAUACAAUGGAAACACAUUGUAUUAUUCUGCCUUUCUAUGGAUUGAUAAUUAUGAUUUUACUGUCUUACUUCUGCUAGUUCACGUAGGAUGUAUUUAACUAUAACAGAAUCCCAAAUAUAUAAUGUCGCGGGGGUUUGGUAAGUAGUCUUACUGGUAAGAAUUUAUUAUUUUUCUCAAAUUCUUUAGUCAAGAAAAAUGGUACUCAAAUGUUCAUACUUCUCUUCUAAGAAACUAAAAAUUUAACAUGCUUGAGUUUCUUAUUUAGGCCACACAUUAAUAGAUUAUGCAAGUUCUGAAAACUCUCUUGGCUUUUUACUCAAAAAAUUCUGUCAUAAGAAAGUCAAGAGCUUGUAUACCUUUUCUAACAGAAUUCACUUAUUCAAACCAUUAUCUAUAAAGUUAAGCAAAUUAUCCAAAUUCAAGAGGUACGUCAGAAGUUAAAAAUAACUAAUUAGCGAUGACAUUUGAUUGGCUAUAGAGGGGAACAUUUCAACCCAAGUCACGACAAAUCAAGGCGAUGGUUUUUUCCUGCCCUCUAAUUUGAUCAGUUAAUUAAAAUAUAUAAAGUGCUAUACAAUUGGACACAAUUUCACGCAAGUCUUUCUUUGCGCUAAUGAUUAUUAAAACUGAGACAACUUUUCACAUUUUUUAAAUAGAUAAAGAAAGAAAGGUUAGAAAACUAAUCCAAAAAGCAGAAAAAGCAAAACCCUACUCAGAAAAUAAUACAAUUAGGGUUGAAGUAAUUGAAUUAUGAAAAAAUAAAUAGAAGGCGGGGAAGACUUUUUUAUAAACUUUUAUUAUUACAUUUUCAGUUAUAAUAAUCAUCAAUUAACACCUUCCUUUUCUCGUCUUUAUAAACCAUCCCUUCUCAGCAUUAUAUCAUUUCAUCAUCAUCAAACAUAAUAACACGUCGAAAAAGAAGAGCAACAAGAACAAGAAAAGACAAAAAGAUUCGUAAGAAAAUGGGAAGAGCUCCAUGCUGCGACAAGGCAAACGUGAAAAAAGGGCCAUGGUCGCCUGAAGAAGAUGUGAAGCUCAAGGACUACAUCGACAAAUAUGGCACUGGUGGCAACUGGAUCGCACUGCCUCAGAAAAUUGGGUUGAAGAGAUGUGGUAAGAGUUGCAGACUGAGAUGGCUUAAUUACUUAAGACCAAACAUCAAACAUGGUGGCUUUUCUGAGGAAGAAGAUAGUAUCAUCUUGAGUCUUUACAUCAGCAUUGGAAGCCGGUGGUCUAUAAUUGCAGCUCAGCUUCCUGGAAGGACAGACAAUGAUAUCAAAAAUUACUGGAACACAAAACUGAAGAAGAAGCUGCUCGGAAGACAGAAACAAAUGAAUCGUCAAGACUCGAUUGCUGAUUCGAAUGAAAACAAUAUCAGCAGCAACAACAACAAGAGUCCUCAAAAUCUUAGUAAUUCGGCACUAGAGAGGCUUCAACUUCACAUGCAGCUUCAGAAUCUACAAAGCCCUUUCUCUAGUUUCUACAACAACCCUAUGUUGUGGCCCAAGCUUCAUCCACUACUGCAGAGUACUCCAACCACUCCUGAUCAAAACUCUAAACUUGGAUCCCAAGAAAGCUUCCACCCUCUAGGAGUUAACGUUGUUCAUCAGAACAAUAAUAUCAAGCUAGCUGAGAUCAACGAUGGAGUCUCUCCUCUCUAUUCAGAGAACGUAGAGCAAUCCCUAAACCCUACUCACGGAUUUCAACCUAAUUUCGGUUUUUCGCAGGAUCUUCAGUUAGAUGAUCAUAACAUGGACCUUAUGAACAGAGGUGGUUCUAAAGAAUUGUUUCAAGUGGGAAACGAGUUUGAGCUAACGAACGGUUCUAAUUGGUGGUCGGAGGAAGUCGAGUUAGAGAGGAAAACAACAUCGUCGAGUUCUUGGGGAUCAGCUUCUGUUCUUGAUCAGACGACUGACGGAGUGGUAAUGCUUCAAGAUUAUGGUCAGAUGAGUUACCAUAGUGUGUAAUAAUUUAUGUCAUGCAUAUAUACAUUUAUGUAUAAUUAUAGGAAUGAAUUAUUGAUGAUUAUGUAUUAUUACGAUCAUAAGCUUAUAGCAUGUGUCGAGCGUGAAAGUUUUUUUUUCUUCA